AAUGAUACUUCUGCUAAGCAGUGAAAAAAGCACACGCUUGCCUCUUUCUGGAGGAAGCGUCAUCUGGCUGAGUUCAGUUGAGACUCGCCUAAAUAAAGAAGCAGCGGCUGCUGCACCAUGAAUUCACAUCACAUUUUGUUUGUGUUCAUGCAGGGUGGCUGACAAACUGCCUAGACCAAACCUGGUCUUGCUCAAGCACCUGCUCUCUCUGCUCCACCACAUCAGCCAAAAUGCCGACACCAACAGGAUGGACUCCAGCAAUCUGGCCAUCUGCAUCGGCCCAAACAUGCUGAGCCCAGAGUCGGACAACACGCUCCCGCUGGAAGUGCAGAAGGAGAUGAAUGACAAGGUGACAGUGUUGGUGGAGUUCCUCAUAAAUAACUGCUCAGAAAUAUUUGGGGACGACAUUGCCUUCCCUGCCUGUGCCUUGGCUGAGGGGUCACUGGAGCACACCAGCUCCACAGGUAUGAAAACGUACUGAGGGUGUCACAGACUGGGGCUUUGAUAUGGGGGUACAUCUGUGGAA